AUGACAUCCAAAACCGAUGUGUUUGCAUUCGGAGUAGUUCUUGCAGAGCUUGUAACUGGUCAGCGUGCGCUCACUCGUGACAAAAAGGAACCAAACAAAUUGAAGUCGUUGAUCUUAGUUAUAAACACAGUAUUCAGACAUCAAAACUCAGAAGCUGCUUUGGAAGCUGAAAUAGACCCUAACCUGAGAGGAAACUAUCCCAUGGAGCAAGUCUACAAGAUGGCAGAAUUAUCUAAAAAUUGUUUCAGCGAAGAAGCAGCAGAGAGACCAGAGAUGCGGGAAAUAGUACAGACAUUAUCCCAGAUCUUGACGCCCUCUAUAGAAUGGCAAGCCUCCCUUAGAGAGACUAGCCAGGUUUUCACAGGCUUGUUUAAUGGAAAAUGGUAA